AUGCUGAAUGAAAUACCAAACUUAUCACGUAUUACUAAGCAUAAAACAAUAAAGUUCAAAGCGAUCAGCAAUCCGUGUAAGUGGAGCGACGAGCAGCGUAAUGAGUUAGUGACCGCAGCCGCACUGUCGCCAGCCGGGGCCAGGAGAAAGCAGCGAGACAUGGUGAAACUCAGGAUAUCGAAUCGUAUCGGCCGUGCUGGCGAACGACUCUUCGGAACAAAGAAUUACUGUGCAGUCAAGGUCUCGUGA